CAUGGGCAGGUAUCAAAGGGCAAUUCUAGAAUUUACUCCUGUUCAGUUCCAUUCCACAGGCUGGCAAGGGACCUGUGUUCCACUUCCAGGGGACUAUACCAGAACUGAAGGGCUGAAAGAGAAGACUUUAGAAGAAUAUUUAUUGUCCAGCACAGUGGGAUAUACUGGACACACUGGCUCCUGAGACCAACGACAGCCACGCCAUCUCAGCCUCUUCUUCAAUUCUCGCUCCUGCUGUGUGUGUCAUUCUGUCUUGAGUCGUGAGGUGUCUUUUUCCCACCAAACUUUUCUAUCUACAAUCUCUUCUCCAGUCUGGGUCUACUUUCCACUGUCUCUGUCUGUGUGUGGCUGUAGAUCUCCACUCCUCCUGUCCCUCUGUCAUACCCUACCUGCAGUGUCACUGAGCUAUCUGGUGACGGUGUAAAGACAGUAUGUGUUGCACAGGGAAGUGUUCUCGUCUGGUGGGCCUGAUCCUGUUGCCCUCGGCGUUUGCCUGUAUCAUCUCCAACAUCCUCCUGUUCUUCCCCGACGGAAAGCAGCAGGAGAGCAGCCAUGUCUCCAUGCAGGUCUGGCUCAUGGGCGGCCUCAUCGGAGGGGGAAUAUUCGUGAGUAUAUUGACUGAGCAUAGAUGGACACCUUUACACCACUCAUUCACCUGUACCCUCAUGGGAAAAAAGGUUCUACAAAGGGUUCGACCUGGAACCCAAAAGGGUUCUUCAAAAGGUUCUCACAUGGGGACAGCCGAAGAACACAUUUGGAACCCUUUUUUCUAAGAGUGUACAAAGACUACAGGGCUAUAGCGGUCAUCUUGGGACAGGUCUCCCUUGUAAAAGACAUGGAAACACCUGUGUAAUAAUGUAUACAUCCCUGGCUGGAUAAAGGCAUUCCCAGAAUGUUUGUAUUCUUCAGUGAUAUAAGUAGAAUUUUGGAAGGAUUUGGUAUGAAUAAAGAUGAAAGAUUAUGGCAGAAAAGGAAGAAGAGGUUAUGGUUGUUAUUCUAUUAUCACAGACGGAGAGUAAAGGUAACAUUGAUUAAUGGUUGACUAUUUAAUUACAGUGGGGAACAUAUUGUACUUCCCUCACUCUAUUUGUCCUCCACUCCCAGGAUGCAUUGUGAUAUCAAAAGCAUAACUCUCUCAAACAUUACAUCGAACAGAGCCACACUGGCACCAGUACAUGCCAGUAGUGGGAAACAGAUAGAUAGUCAGUUUCCAUCAUCACUUUUGAUAUGCCUUGGGCAAAAAACUUUGGUCAGUAGACUACCAAAUUGCUGCUAUCAGAAUAUCCACUUUGAUGCCCUUGUCAGUGGAAACUAAGCAAGCUGUUUUAUAUGGGUUUUAUACCCUGUGGUAUAAUAGAUAAUAGAUGUGAUGAUAAAGACGUUUCAGGGCCUAUAACAGGGUGUGUCUUUAUUAACAGUGUAUUCAUUAUUAUCUGGAGGAAAUGUGAACAGCUCUAGUUGUUCAAGCCAACCCACUACUGUACUGUACUGUAUGUUAGUACGCCCUCUUACUCCCAAUCCCAUCCAUCCAUCCCAGUCAGUCCUUGCCCUUUGGAACGAGAGAAGGAGAUUUGAUUCAGGAUUUGACUAAUAUUUACGUAGAAGAUAAGAGGAUACGCGUGCACUGCACUCACAAACACAAAUAUGCAAGCGCAUUCACGCACACACGCGUGCACGCACACACACAAACACACUGGAACGUGAGCAAAGAGCUCAAGAAGUACCCAUACAAUCAAGUGUUUUUUUUCACAGCAAUAUUUUCUCGGUGUUUUAGUGCAUGUUAUGAUAGUUGAUAUGGAUGAUAAAGGUAUCCUGUCUGUCUGUAUUCUUUUCAGAUGCUGUGCCCCAGCUGUUCGGCUAUCAGGGCCGGGGGCAAGGGUUGCUGUGGAAAUGGUUGCUGUGGAAACCGUUGCAGAGUGAGUAGGGGGUUUCCACUAGAUAGCACAGCCACAAAGUCAAUAUUGGCUAUAGCGUAACAAUUAAUGAAAACAAAAAUAAAUUAAUAUAAGGUUAGGGUUAGGCAUAAGGUUAGUAGUGUGGAGCAGUUCAGAAAAAGAAAAAAAAAGCGAAACUCAGGAAAUUGAUGUAAGUGAAGGAGAGGCAGAAAAGGAGGAUAUUAAGUGUGUGUGUGUGUGUGUGUGUGAUUGUCUCCAACAGAUGCUGAACUCUGUCUUCUCUGCUGCAUUCGGUUUGGUCGGAGCUAUCUACUGCACCAGUGUCUCUUCAGCGGGACUGGCCAUUGGACCUAAAUGUGAGGUUGCUAGUGGAAAAUGGGAAUACCCCUUUGAGGACCUACCAGGGUGAGUCUCCUCUCUCUCUCUCUCUCUCCUCUCUCUCUCUCUCUCUCUCUCUCUCUCUCGCUUCUCUCUCUCUCUCUCUCUCUCUCUCUCUCUCUCUCUCUCUCUCUCUCUCUCUCUCUCUCUCUCUCUCUCUCUCUCUCUCUCGAAGUGGACAUUAAUAUGCAAUUUGGACAACAUCCAGUUGAUGGCAGAAUAGACUAGUGGGUAAGUAGCAGACACCUCAACCCUCAACCCAGAUCAGAGUCAGUCAGGGAGCAUGCGGGCUCUGAAUGUUUCUUGACCACCUCAACUAAACUAGGCCCAGGCCUGUUGUUUUUCCUGGUCAGGUCACAUAGUUAAUAACAUAUCAAACAUCUAUACAGCAUCAUGACAGAGUUGCAACAAGUUUAUGGUAGAAAUAAUAAACAGAAGGAUGUUGACGUUUCUGUGGUGUACAUGCAUGAGCAUGGAAAGACUCUCUCUUUGUAGUCAGAGCCAAAGAUAAUGUUGUGGUUGUAGGGAAUCAAGUUUGACAGCUGAUUACUGAAUACAUGAUAAUGACAGAUGUCUGCACUGUUUUAACCUGUCCUCCCUUCUGCUACUUACUGAACUGUAUCUCUCUUCUCUGGCCAUCGUUUCAACUUAUCCUCUCUUCACUAAACCUGCCUCUUCAUCUUUACUUUCCCUCAAUACUUUACUUUCUCCCCUCCGUUCAUAAUGGAUCUAUUUGAAACACAUUGGACUAUGACGCUCCUCUAACCUCCUUUUGCAUUCCCUCUCUUCCCUCUUACCCCUAAACCACUCUCGUCCAUCCCUGUCCUUUUUCACCCCUUUCUUCCUCCGCAUCCCCAUUUUCCGUUCUUCCUCUCAUUCCUGUCCUCUCUCACAUCUUCAUCCCCUCCCUCCUCCCAUCCCCCUCUCCCCCUUCCCCCUCCUCUAUAGUGGGAACAGCAGUUACCUGUUUGACCACUCCCUGUGGGAACUGUGUGUGGCCCCUGCCAAUGCAGCCCUGUGGCACCUGGUCCUCUUCUCCAUCACGCUGGGCCUGGGGGGCCUGCAACUCAUCCUCUGUGGCAUCCAGGUCAGAGAAUUGAAUAGAACACAUAGCUUUUGUCCCAAAUGGCACCCUAUUCCCUAUAUACUAGUGCACUACUUUUGACCAGAACCCUAUGGGCCCUGGUCACAAGUAGUUCACUAUAAAGGGAAUAGGUUGCUUUUUGGGACGUAGACAUACUUUCAUAAUGAUGCAUGUAAUUGAAUGUAUCGCUGUGACAUCCAGGUAGUCAACGGCUGCAUCGGCUGCUUCUGUGGGGACUGUCGUGACGACAAGGAGGUAAAGAAACAAAUUAAUCUGAUUAUCAAUUGAUUUGAAAUGAUUGUUGAUUAAUUAUAAAUAAUUAUAUUAUAUGGCUGACCCAGUGUUUCUGCAGAAGUAAUUAUGCUGUUGUAACAUUUGAUAGUUGAGUAGAGGAGUGUUGAGUUUUUGUUCUGAAGUAAAAUAAUGCCAUUUAUAAGAAAUUGAACAUUUACAGAAUAGCACAACAUAUCUGUAUAGUUGGGUUAGGUAAGGGUAAUGUGAAAGGAUUGCACUAAAACCACUCUAACAAGCAUACAUGAAGGGUUAUUAUUACCUGAGUACAAUCUGAUGACCCAACACAAUGCACAAGCCUAAUAGAUUGAAGUCCAGCUCGGCGAAAUUCAGGCUAAAAUUAAUAAAUCAAUGGGUGGUUAAAGAUUAAGCUGAGAUUUAGUUGCUGGUUGAACAUACAGUAAGAGGAGGUAUGUACACAAAGAUCCUGUACAUUAUUAUGUUGUGUACCUUUAUUCACUCACCUCCCAUUCUGUUGCUUCCCAAAUGGCACCCUAUUUCUUAUAUAGUGCACUACUUUUGACGAGAGUCAUAUGGGGCCCUUGUCAAAAGUAGUGCACUAUAUAGGGAAUAGGAUGCCAUUUGUGAUGCAGACACUUAACCUAUGCUUGCAAUAUAUUAAUAUCCAUUGAUUCUUGUUGAAUCACUGUGUUAAAUCAGUGAUGUAUAAAAUAUCAAACAUUAACGAUGGUAACAAGAUAUUAAUUACUCUUCUUCCAAUAACCACAAAACCCUAAAUCUGAGGUUGCCUUUUGAAGAAGUGAUUAUGAACAUGUAUAAUUGUUUCUGGUUUAUUUUUGCAGGAUGAUGGAGGAUUGUGAGAUGGAGUGAGAAGAAGUAGAGAGGACUGCCCUGCAAUGCCACAGCCUGUCUCCCUGACGACUAGUGCUGAGCGAUUAGUGCGUUUUGAGUUCGGUUCAGUUUCGGUUAGAUUCUAAAAGAUUAUCACGGUUUUUGAUUUCGGGUUCGAUUAUAUAAUACACUAUGCGCUAUGUGUGUUGAACGCUGUAACAACACAGAAUAAAACAAUUAAUACAAGUCCAAUGAUGGUAGUGACUGCCCAUUACUGCUUAUCACUUAUUAACCAUAAUUCUUUCACAUUACUUUACUUUAAUAACAUAUUUGUUUUAUUUUAUUAUUUCAUUACAAGUCAUCAUCUCAUAUAGAGCUGCUGCCUAUGCUGUCUGACAAAAUCAAAUUGUUUUAGUUUUUCAAAGUAAAUAAGGCAUACUUUUAUGACUGCUGAAUACCAACUAUCAUACUUAGAUCAUGUAUUUUCAGGCUCGCGAAGCAACUGCUUUCAAUUCCUCUCGACAGCACACACGUUCUCUCUUCUCUGUCUCCCGGUCUCCGUGUCUUGCACCGCACAGACCGGACAAGUUUAAGCGGGCACACAAUAGAUUAUGGUCAUUGUAAUUAAUUACAACGUUUUCUGCGCUAAACUAUGUCGAAUAGUUUAGCUCCCUACUACAUCGCACAGUUCGGGCUUGAUCUGAAUUAUCUCUACAGAAAUUGCACAUUGAGCUCACAGAAAACCCCCGAACCGAGGUCGGUCAAUUAGUUGUUUAAAACCAAAGAAUAACCGAAAUUUCAGUUAAUCGCUCAGCACUACUGAUGACAUACCAGUACCAGGACUGCCAAUCACUUACUACACAAUUUUAAAAAAAAUGCCUAUCUGCCAGGAGCUUUCCCUUUUGUGUUUGAAGCAUAUUGUCUGCUUUUGAUAUGUUCAAAUCAAGCCAAUGUGUCAUAUCAAUCAUAGUCAUUGUAGUUCUUUAAUCUCUCAAAACUGCUAUGUCAUAGUUGUAACUCUUGCCUCUGUUUCAUGUGUUGCCCAUGGAAACAAAAAUACAGUAGGUCAUCUGAGGAUUCCUCAGGAGUUGCUCAAGUUAUUUUCCAUUCUUUAUUUCAUUUCCUUUAAGCAACCAUUUCUUUCACAUUACCUUUUGUAUAUUUCUUUGUAUAAUCACAUAAGUCAAAACAAUUCAAAUAAGCAAUACAACUUGGAAAAUUAGACAUGUUUUUCUGUUAUUGGUCAAGUAGUCAUUGGUCAAGUAGCCUAUGAAGUCUUCGUAAUCUGGGUACUGGUAAUUCAAUACUGGCCAACAGUUAAUGACGAAGGCAGACAACUGAGAAGUUCACCUGUAUCAAAGUCCUAACCCAACUUAACCCAGAGUUACAUAAUAGAAAGCAACGAAAAAUCCCUUGAUUAAGCACAAAAACUGUACAUCCUGUAAACUCUGCAGGAAUGAUUCACUUUUAAUAACUAUGAUACGUAAGCAGAAUCACUGGUCUGUUUAACCUGUCAAUAACUGACCAUUUUUGCAAGGUUGUCAGAAGUAUAGGGAGAGGAAGAGAGAGAAAGAGAGGAGGGAUAAAGAGAGAGGAAUGAGAUAAAGACAGAGAUAACUCAUUAGUUCUGUUACACACAGGUAGCCAGCUCAGAACUAACAGAAGUGUGUGUCAGGGGCAGGUCAGAGGUCACAGUGACCCCUGUGGUGACUGUAAGAAAUGCAGAUGGAAAAACUGAUGUCAGGGGCUGGAGUGGACUGGAGUGAGUUGAUGCUUUCGUGUAGUAGUAGAACAAGAUCAGGUUAAGCUCAUAAUCCUUUGUUGCCAUCGAGCAGCUUUGUGGUAAUUGUUACCUAACUUUCCAGAUAAACACUGUUAGUAGCACUAGAAGGGGAUAAAUAUAGAUUCUGUUCUCAAGAAGAAAACAAGCAGAAAGAGAGAGGCUGAAAGAGAGAGAAACAGAGAGAGGCUGUUGUAUGACCGGCAGACUGACGGGGGAAUACUGCACAUACUUCAGCCAUAACCUGAGAGAAAGGUGUACUCACAAGGGGUAACGAAACCCAAAACCACCCCUGGAAAUGCCUGUGACCAAGGUUAUGUUCCAAUGUCCAUGUACUAGGGUGGUUAACGCAUAGGAUGUAUGCCCAUUGUAGUGGUAUGCUACUGGAACACAGCCAAAUACUCCUCCAGAGCUCAUUGGGUGGCUGAGGUCCCAGGUAGCCCUCCAUUACAUAAGACAAGUCAAUUGGGUCUCCUAUGUCAGGUAGCUCUGUUAUAAAAUAAGACUAGGCAGGAAAACGUGGGAGAGAAAAGAGAGUGAGAGAAUUCUUUGACUGCCACUUCUCAUGCGACUUACACACAAACAGAGUGAGACUGAAUGAGAGAAGUUAAAGAAAGCUAAAAGAGGACAAAAGAGGUGGAGGAGAGAGAGAGUGAGCAAGAGAGAGGAAAUGGACAAACAAUUAGAAGGCAUUGGCCAGUUUGGUAAGUCGAGUAUGAAGCCAAGACUUCUUGUGUUUUAUACGCAUGCAUGGAGCACUCACUUACCCCCUGAUGUGAAUCCAUUAUUUGCCACUCAACCCCUUAUGUCCCGAAAACAUCUGCUCUACUCCCCUUCUCACUCCCCGUCUGGCCCAAUGAGGCAGACAGAGAUAUAACAGAACAGAACAGAACCAAUUAUUUAGCCAGGGCUACUGAACCCCUUACCUGACCCCCCCCCCCCCCCCCCCCUUCUCCCAUCCAACCAAAAAGGGUUAUUCGGCUGUCCCCAUAGGAAAACCCUUUGAAUAACCUCUUUUGGUUCCAGAUAGAACCCUUUUGGUUCUAGGUAGAACCCUUUUGAUUCCAAGUAAGAGUGUCUGCUAAAUGACGUAAAUGUCAAUGUAAGUAGAACCCUUUUGGGUUCCAUGUAGAAGGUUCUACAUGGAACCCAAAAUAGUUAUACCUGGAUUCCAAAAGAGUUCACCUGGAACCAGAAGGUUUCUCCUAUGGGGACAACUGCAGAACCCUUUUGGAACCUUUUUCUUUAAGAGUGUACUCCCCCUAGACUCUGACUCCCCAUCUGGGCUGAGGAGACAUAAUGGAACGGAGCAAAACAGAACACAACUUGUUUCAACUGGUCACAACAGCUUAUACACAACUCAAUAGAGUUAUGUACAUACAUCCUACAUAAAUCAUAUAUAGGCUACUCUUGUUCAGAAUAACAGCAAAUGACAGAAAGUGAGACGAAUGUUAUUCUGCUAUUCUUUCAACUGUCUUCCUUUCUCUCAUGUCCUUUUAACUUAUCUCCUUUCCUUUCCCCAGGGAUACUAUGAUGCCAGCAGUCAGCAGAUCAGCCACCAAAGAGCUGGUUUGAAACAACAGACCUGGUGCCCAGACCAGGGCUGCUGUACCCAGACACACUAA